AUGAACCAGCCCGCCACCACUACCCUAGAUCCCGUAGCAUUCCCUACCAACGGUAACACAGGUAGCUACUCGAGGUCCAACUCUGGUGGCUACUUUCCGUAUCACCAGCCACAAAGACCUCAAGUACAUGACGAAACUCUGUCCAACACGCUAGCCAAUUCUCAUAUUACACCACCCCAGAACGAUAACUACCAAACUGCCAAUCGUCAGACCAAGUUUACCGAGGAGUGGGAUGCGAGUGUGAGAGGUGACUCGGUCGUCGACGGUCCAACAUCCCAGCAGAAUAAUUACCAGCAUUCCACCAUGCAACGCUCGAACUCGAUAUCCUCACGACCCGAAAUCCUUAAUACCGGCGAUGGCGCAAGCACUCACGCCAUAUCCCUAUCGAGGGGAAAUACCCUAAAGAAGAAGAACUCUCUUCGUAGGAGUGGUAGUCUCAAGCGCAGCAGCAGUCGCAGGAGCAUGAAGGCCGGCAGCGUGAGGAGUCUCGCUUUACAAAGUUCUCACGAUUCAGACGAGGUCCACAGCGCAUUCUAUUGCCCUGUACCGACUUCGGGUAGCCCGACAGAAAUACUGGCCGAGAGAUUUCAGUCUUGGAGGAAGAUUCUCAAGGAUCUCAUCGCAUAUUUUAGGGAAAUACAAUCGCACUACGAGCAUCGAUCUAAGUCGCUUCUUAAGCUUGCUAAUGUUCUUAACAAUACGUCAACGCCGCCCGGCUUCCUCUCGUCCGGUGGGCUGGAUGAUGCGCUCCAGAUCUUGAGAGACCAUCACAAAAACAUGAUUAUAGAGGCCAACAAAGCCAAGGAGAUUGAACAAGAUGUCAUUCUAGCGCUAACCGGUCUAAGAAGCGAUCUUAAUCAGAAGAUAAAGGAGAUAAGGGGCCUAUCCAGCGACUUUAAGAAUUCGGUCGAGAAGGAAAUGGACAGUACCAGAAGGGCUGUCAACGCGUUGCAAGAAGUCCUAGGACAGAGCGAGUUAGAUUCCUCUACGACUACGGGAAAGCAAGAUCCAUAUCUCUUGAGACUUGCGGUAGAUCGCCAGCUUGAAAGGCAGCUCGACGAAGAGAACUAUUUGCACAAGGCAUACUUGAACCUCGAGUCGUCAGGUAGAGAGCUUGAAUCGAUUGUCGUUGGUGAGAUUCAGAAAUCGUACAACGCGUACGUAGGUAUUAUCAAGCGGGAAGCAGACGCGGCGUACAACGCCAUCGACGAACUCCGCGCCGGCCCCAUUACGAUGCCUAAGGACUACGAGUGGAUCACCUUCAUUCAGAGAGACUCGCAGUUCGUCGAUCCCGACGUGCCCCUAAGAUCGGCCGAGCAUAUCCAUUACCCAGGUCGAGAUCAUUUCGCUUGUCAAGAGAUCCGUGCAGGUCUUCUUGAGCGCAAGAGCAAAUACUUGAAGAGUUAUACGGCCGGAUGGUACGUAUUAUCGCCAACUCAUCUGCACGAAUUCAAAUCUGCAGACAAGACUCAAGCGCCUGUCAUGUCUCUGUAUCUUCCCGAGCAGAAGCUGGGUUCUCACUCCACAGAAGGUGGUUCUUCCAACAAGUUCAUCCUCAAGGGGCGACAGACUGGGGCUAUGCACCGCGGUCAUACUUGGGUCUUCCGUGCCGAAAGCCACGAUACUAUGAUGGCUUGGUAUGAGGAUAUCAAAGCUCUUACGGAGAAGUCUCCCGAGGAGCUUAGCAACUUUGUUCGGGGCCACUCUCGCGCGUAUUCGCGGGCUUCGCAGCGUACUACGAGUUCAGAUGGUAUAGUAGACGAUGAGGACGACGAGCCGUUUUCGGUCGACCCCGCCGUCGCGAGCACAGGUUCUCGACAGGACUCUAUGCAAAACAGGCCUGAGCCAGGAGGUCGGUUCCCAUCCGACAUACAAGUCAACGCACAGAGGGGCUUACAAGUACCGCGCUCUCCCAGUAGUGUCGGCUCAGGGCUUGUAGGGAACGAAUACGCACUUAGCGGCGCCAACGGGGACAUCAACCAAGAUCGAGUCGUAAUCGCAGCCGCGGGCGCAUUACCUGGAAGCGGCAUGGGCGAGCUUUAUCCUAUGAAUCGGGCAUCGCAGAUAGUUGGCCAGUCCUACGGGAAUACUCCAAGCGUGAGAUUGGAUCAGGCGCACAGCCAAGCAGUAGUUAUUGACAAUGAGGCGCGAGCAGAUGGCAUAAAUCCUUAUAACGGAGAACCUAUCCAGCAGCAGCAGCAGCAGCAGCAGCAGAGAGGACUGCCCAGCCGGCCCGCCAUCAUCUCCGGCCCGACGUCUAAUAGCACGUCGCAGAGCCUAGAGACUACUAUCAGCCAAGACUCGGGGAAACCCGGCGCAUACGAAAUAGCUACCGACGUGCAGCAGAAAUAUACGCCGAGCGCGGAGGCGGCUUAUAGCAUACCAAGCAAGGAGCAGCCGCAGAUCGUCGGCGCAGGGAACGGGUUCGUGAAGCCGUUGCCAAAUCCGGCUACAGGUAUGCCGUUUUCGGGGCAGAAUGGACAGCCGAGGCCGUACGGUGAUGGGACGAGCAGUAACCCUCAUAUCCCUGGUGAGUACCCGCGGGGCACACCGGGGAGUACGCCAGGUGCUUAUUAG